GCCAGCUCCAUGCCGGAAGUUAAAGGGAACUUCCGGGUGAUGCCCACGUGGGUGGAAGGAGCAAUAGAAUGUGGAGGAGCUGAGAGGCAGUGCAGUUCGCUAGUGACAUAGGGGAGCAGAGUUCGGGGUUUUAUUAUUUGUUAUUAUUUUGGGCAGCAAACACAUUAGGUGACAGCGACAAUUUAAAAAGACAAACAUGGGGAAGAAAGGGAAAAAAGAGAAAAAGGUAAAAGGCGCAGAGAAAACAGCUGCCAAGAUGGAAAAGAAAGUGUCUAAAAGAUCUAAAAAAGAUGAGGAGGAUUUGGAAGCUCUCAUAGCUGAAUUUCAAACACUGGAUGCAAAAAAGACCCAGAUAAUAGAGACCAGCUGUCCUCCGCCUUCCCCAAGAUUAAAUGGAUCUCUCACUCCACACCCCGAAAAAGAUGAGUUGAUUCUUUUUGGAGGUGAAUAUUUCAAUGGCCAAAAAACUUUUCUCUACAAUGAACUAUAUAUAUAUAAUAUCAAAAAGAAUACAUGGAGCAAGAUAGACAUCCCAAACCCUCCUCCACGAAGAUGUGCCCAUCAGGCUGCGGCUGUUCCACAGGGUGGUGGACAAAUUUGGAUUUUUGGAGGAGAGUUUGCAUCACCUGAUGGGGAGCAGUUUUACCACUAUAAGGACCUGUGGGUUCUGCACCUUCAGACCAAGACUUGGGAACAGAUCAAGGCAUCUGGUGGGCCAUCUGGGAGAAGUGGCCAUCGCAUGACGUACUGCAAAAGGCAGCUGAUUGUUUUUGGAGGAUUUCAUGAGAGUACAAGGGACUACAUCUAUUAUAAUGAUGUAUACACCUUUAAUCUUGACUCUUUCACAUGGGCUAAGCUGUCACCCUCUGGGACUGCUCCCCUGCCUCGAUCUGGAUGUCAGAUGACCACUAAUCAGGAUGGAAGUGUGGUCAUCUAUGGGGGAUAUUCUAAACAGAAAGUAAAGAAGGAUGUUGACAAAGGAACUGUGCACACAGACAUGUUCCUAUUGAAGCAGGAAGGUGCAGAUAAAUGGGUUUGGUCUCGAUUGAACCCUUCUGGUGUAAAGCCCACCCCUAGAACUGGUUUCUCUGGGACUUUGGGACCCAAUAACAGAAUCCUCUUGUUUGGGGGUGUUUAUGAUGAAGAAGAGGAGGAAAGCAUUGAAGGAGACUUUUUUAAUGAUAUUUACAUGUAUGAUAUGGGGAAGAACCGUUGGUUUACUGGUCAGAUAAAGGGACCUAAAACAGAGAAAAAGAAACGGCGGCGUGGAAAUAAGCAAGCUGAAGCAGAAUCAAACUCUGAGAGUGGCGAGGUUGGCGCACAAAAGCCUCCAGAGCCUGUGGAAGUUAUUAAAGAAAUUGUUGCAGAAGAUGGUACAGUAAUGACAAUCAAACAAGUAAUAUCAGGCUCAGCAACUUCUGAGAGCGAAGAAGAGGACUCAGUUGAAGAAGAAGAUGAUGAAGGAGCUAGAAGUCCAGCUGUAGAACCUUGUCCACGUUCCAAUACCAUGAUAGCUGCCAAACAAGGGGUUCUUUAUGCUUACGGUGGCAUGUUUGAAGUCGGUGACCGUCAGUUCACACUAAAUGACCUGUACAGCCUUGAUUUACAUAAAAUGGAAGAGUGGAAAGUCCUAGUGGAAAUGGAUCCAAAAACACAAGAAUGGCUCGAUGAGUCAGAUUCUGAGGAUGAAGAGGAAGAUGCUGAGGGUGCAGAAGGAGGAGACGAAGAGGAGGAGGAAGAUGAAGAUAGUGAAGAUAGUGAUGAAGAUUCACACCCCCCAGUAGAGCCCCAAGAGAAAUAUCCAGACUACUUAGCUCGAACUGAGGAAUACUGGGUUAAACUUGCUCGCGCUAACAUGGGCCCUGAUGCAAAGGAGAAGAAAGUUCUAAAAGUUGCACAGGCUAUGGCAAAGACAUUUUAUGAGUUGAAGGACUAGAAGAACCAAAACAUUUAGAACAUUAUUCUUUCAUUUUUGCAGUGUAAAUUUUAGAAUAUUUCAAUUGCAGAGUUAGAAUACAACAUGGUAUACAUUGUGCACAUAUGUAAUAUAACCCUGAUGGCAUUGAUGUUCCUGAAAUGGCAACAUUUAUUGACCACAUUUCUUAGGAUGCUGAAUACAAGAAAGUGUAAAUAUACACCAAGGCCAUUUUAUAUGCUACGGUGGAUACAUUUCCUACUCAGUAACAUGGCUUCUAACUUAUGAAAGAAUACGUUCCUGUUUUGUAUAGUUUCGACCAGAUGUCACCACCUGAUAGGAUAGGUAAAUUUACAUCCCAUGUAUAAACACAGCACUUCCCUUUUCUACUAGGGGUGUAAAAUUAAAUAAGUCUAGCUGCCCACCCUCUUAACCAGCUGCUAUGUUGUCUGGCCAAAAUAUGUGUGUGAUUUUGCACUAGGAUUAUGACAUAUAAUUUGAAGCAGAGACUGGUAGAACACUAUUUGAGGCCGUGUGCCCAAGGUACAGUGCUUUUUAGCUGUGCUAGUGUAUUUAAUCACAGCAGCAUCUACUGGAAUAGGAUUUGAGUACAGUGGUGCACUAAAACUCUCCUUAUUUACUCAUAAAAUCUCAAUGACAGAUGGGUGAAAGAAGUUCCUAGAAUGAUAUUAAUCAAAUCAUGAGGGUAUUGCGGAUCUGCUUCCUUUUCAAACGGUUUCUAUACAUAGGUUGUUUCUUUGUUGUUCAUUAUACAGUAUAAGUUACCAAUCCUGUAAACCCAGCCUUGAACACCUUGACUUCUUACUGCUUUUGCUAUACACCAUGGUCCUCAGUGGUGUUUGCCUUAUUUGAUGUGUGGCAUUAGAUAUAAGCUGCAAACCUUUCAUUGGGGAUAGGUUAAGUAAUGUUCAUGGAAUAGAAAGGUAGAAAUGGGAUUACUUUCAGCAAUUACCUGCUAACAGCAAUAUCUGGUGCUGUUGUUAGACAGUUGUUUACAUUCGAGCUCCUCAUUUGCUGUUGUGUGUUUUUUACCUGUAUUUUUGUGAUGUUGAGCAGCACCUAGCACAACACCCAUGAAAUGCCUGUAUAAACCCAAAACUGACAGCUGAGUGAGCCAACUUAUUUUGUGCCAACUCUAUUUUUUUUUAAAAAAUCUCUGUAAUUUUCUGAGCUAGAAAUCAUAGUUGGAGAAGCUUGCAGGGAGCAUAUUUUUUCCAUGUAAGAGCAUCAAGGGGAGCAAUGGGUGACCCCUGUGUGAAGCCACGCUGGAAAUCCUCAGAUAUUCAGGCAAUGCAUAACACAGCACAAGAAAACAAACAAGAAUGCGUUAUCUUUAAUGAAUAUGCAUAUUUAUCAUUAGGAACUGGGGUUAUUCAGCAGGCAUGUUACAAAGAAUUCUCAACAAAUGAAAGUCCAGGGCUAUAUAUAAAAAGGAUACAUUGUUUGUUUUUUGACUGCCAUUGCGCCAAAGGAAAUCUGUACAGGGACAGUUUGGAAGUCUGCAUACAAGUCCUGCAUACAUUGUGCAAAGAGAAGACAUGCUGUAACCACAAGCAUGAUGUUUGGACAGUGACCCCGUGUGCUUGCACACCACUAGUGACCCACUUUCAUCCCUGUCUACCACAUUUCUGGCAUUGAAACUAUUUUAGAAUUUGUUGUCAAAGAACCAUUAACUAGAGCUGACUUAAACAGAAUUGGAAGCCUAGCUUCAUUUCAGUUGUAUCUUAUGUCUGUGCCAUUGGUCCUGGCUGCAUUCCAGUUUGUAAUCAACAGUUUUGCUAAUAUUUAAUAAAAUAUUAGAAUUGGU